GCCGAGGUGCAGUGUAAACACAGCGCUGAGGAGAACCGGCAACUCUGACUGAGACUCAUUUUAGUGUUUUAAUUCACAUUCAGUCGUCAGUCAUUUAACUUAGUCUGUGCAAACAUCCUCUACGUUUCUUAGCGGUUAAUAUAAUCGGUAUCUCAGAGUUGCGAUUGCCUUUCAGCUAAUUUAGCUCUGAGAUCUGAUAGCUACAAAUGUGCAGGUGUAGGUGUAGAUUACAUCUUUCUGUCGUCUUUUGUCUGUUUUUGCGACCUUUUCAAAGAGGAGCAUCGUCCCAAAAGGACUAGAGAGCUUGAUCCGUCCAGUUCUUACACUGUAUGUACAGAGCUACACAGAAUAAAUGUGAAGAGGAGUUAAGCUGUUACGUGAAUUAGAUGUGUGGUGAUGAUCAUGAUGGAGGGGGUGAUUGGAGAUGUGUUCAGGAAGUUCAACAGCUAUCCUGUGCCCCUUUCUGCGUGUGUCAUUGCUGAGCAGAGCAGAUUUGGCACUAAUGCCCAAAACCUUACCAUAAUGACCGAGUGGAGUCAGUGUGAGAUGAACAGAGGAGUGAGAUUGCGCUACUGUCAGCAGUGGUCUCUGCAAUGUAAUCAAAGGCCCCUUGAAAACGCACUGCCUCUAGGACCAUGCAUAAACACACAUGGAGAGUUGCUCAGUAGUCACUCCCCUUCCGGAGCGCACAGGGUGGUAAUCCGGGAGGCCAACACUCAUGGUGUGGGACAUCAGUACCUUGAGGUGUGGGGCUGCAAUGGACUAGAGAAAAGCUUAGACCUCACGGCCCUCAAUAAACAUGGAAAAGUCUAUGACGAUGCGCAGUUUGCAUGUCUGGCUUGGUCACCAUGUGAGGACAAAUUGCUGUAUGUGGCAGAGAAGAAGAGGGUGGGCCCUUUGGCACAAGCAUCAUUCUCAUCAGCCAAUGAGAGCAGAGGUUUGGUGGUGCUUGAGGAAGAGGACAAGAAUGUGUAUGUGGAAGACUGGGGGGAGGGUCUGGCUGGUAAAAGUGCUCCAGUGCUGUGUGUGGCUGACCUGUCUAAAGGAGAGGUGACUAUGUGCACUGGAGUCCCACCUCACGUAUCACCUGGACAGGCCUUGUGGGCAGGGGAUGGCAACGGUCUGAUCUUCGUGGGUUGGUGGCAUGAGCCUUUCAGAUUAGGCCUGAAGUUCUGCUCUAAUCGGAGAUCAGCUCUCUUCUAUAUUGACUUGAAGGGAAACUGUGAGCUGCUGUCAUCUGAUUCGGGGUCAGUAUUGAGUCCUCGCCUGAGUCCAGACCACCUCUGGCUUGUCUAUCUACAGGGACGAGUGUUUGGCCCGCACCAUCAAUGUCUCAGCAUGAUGCUGUACGACCUGCAGAAAAGGACAGGCUCAGUGUUGGUGGAUGUUGUACGAAGAGCAGAGAAAGGUCAGUUUGCGGGUGUGUAUGACUCACUGCCUCUCCAUUGCUGGUCAUCAGACAGUGAAGAAAUCUUCUUCAGCAGUGCCUGUGAAAACAGUAAGUCAGUGUUCUCAGUGGAGAGACGAACUGGAAGAAUAACGCCUGUGUAUGACUGUAAUACAGUAUCACCAGAGCAGGAGUUUGGGAAUGCCAAGCUGUUGACGGUAAUGAAAGACCUGAUGGUGAUGUCCUGCUCGUCUCCUAACCGCCCUCCCAGCCUGAUGGUGAGGUUUGCAUCUAAUGCAGGGAGUAAAGAGUGGAUUCACCUGGGUGAAACUGGUAUAUGUGAGAGAUUUGAUUGGCAGUCCAUGAUAAUCACACCCCCACCUGAAGAAGAAAACCACCAGUUCUCUGGACUUAAUUUCGGGGCAGUGCUACUGAAACCUGAAAGCACUUCCAAGCGUGUGAAGUUUCCUCUGGUGGUCUUCAUACAUGGAGGGCCGCAUUCUCAUUUUGCUGCUGAAUGGAACGUUAAUGCUGCAGCUUUGACAAAACUGGGAUUCGCUGUGCUAAUGGUUAACUAUAGAGGUUCCACUGGUUUUGGUCAAGACAGCAUCGAUUCUCUUCUUGGAAACAUUGGCAGUCAAGACGUCAGAGAUGUGCAGAGGGCUGUGCUGCACGUCCUACAGAGCAACCCGAUUCUUGAUGCUGAUAGAGUGGCCGUGAUGGGUGGGUCUCAUGGCGGAUUCCUGGCCUGUCACCUGAUUGGUCAGUAUCCAGAGUUCUACAGAGCGUGUGCAGCUCGGAACCCCGUCAUCAAUGCAGCCACACUGCUGGGAACCAGUGACAUCAUAGACUGGAGAUAUUUCUCUAUUGGUCUGCACUACUCAUUUGACCAGCUACCUACUCCACAAGCUCUGACCACCAUGCUAGAGAAAUCACCUAUAGCACAUGCUGCUCAGAUUCGCACUCCAGUGUUGCUCAUGUUAGGUGGGAAGGAUAAGAGGGUCUCUCCUUACCAAGGCCUGGAGCUUUACAAAGCCCUCAAGAGCAGAAACUCACCUGUCAGGUUGUUGUGGUAUGAUGGUGAUGGCCAUUCUCUAUCCAAAGUUGAAACUCAGUCUGACUGUUUCCUCAAUGUGGCACUGUGGUUCAAACAACAUUUAAACAUGCACUGAACCCAGCUGAGCACACUUUGUUAUAAAAUGGAAACGUCAGUUGAACAGAAACCCCUACAGCAUGUUCAGUUACAUUGAAAGGUCAUUCAGAAACCUGAUUGUACGGUUACACCAGCCUAAACAUGUUUAAUAUUUUAGAUAGUCUUCAAACUUCAGACUUUCCUCUUGUAAGUACAGUAACCACUAGGUGGCAGGCUUAACAUGUCAUUUCUUGUUAGACAGUUUACAAUACAUAUGUCAUUUGCAAAAUUCUGCAAAAACAUUGCCUUUUCAGUUAGUCUCAGACACUUUGGGAUAUUUGUCUUGUAAUACUAUGCUGUGAAUUACAAAGACACUGACAGUUUCUCUUUUUAGUUUAAAAGGCAUAAAACUAUUACAUUUUAAAAUGAUUUUUUAUUUAGUCAAGUACAGAUCUUUUAGCAUCAUGUUAGCCAUUGUAUUUGGUUGUUUUCAUUAAUAAAACUUGUGCCAAACAGCACUGUUGAUGGCGCAAUGGUGCAAGAUUGAUUGACAGGUGGUAGUUUGUACAGAAUGGGACACUGCCCAGAGUUCUGAAACUUUGUGUUCUGGUGCUUAGGCUAGUAGAAAAGUUAAUAUAAAAGAGAAUACAAAAGGCAAACAUUUAACCAGUGAUCACCCAAGGACUAGUCAAUAUUAUAGCACUUGAUUAAAAUAGUGACCUCUAUAGAUAU